AUGGGCAGAAAGGUGCCUAUUUAUGAACUGAGGAACGACGGACGUUCUAACCUGCUGGGAGCACUGCUGAUUGCUGGACAGUUUGUCAUUCCUGAGGUAUGCCUCUAUUUUCACCAUAAAUUGUACAGGGGAAAUAGAGUGACGAAAGUGGAUACAGGAAGCUUUGAUGCGUUCUCCUCACCUAAUCUGCCCCCCCUUGCAAAUGCAGAGGUGGAUAUAAAAAUCGACUGGGGCAUUGUAUGGCGGGCCACCACUACGAAGAAGUUUAAUGUUCACACUGAUAUGAACAGGAAUGUGGGUUUGCUGAGGCUCUUCCCAGGAAUUACGGCUACUACUGUAAGGGCGUUUCUCCAGCAUCCAAUGGAAGGGAUAGUACUAGAGACCUAUGGAUGUGGCAACGCUCCAAACAACCGCCCUGAUUUGCUGGAAGAGUUGAGGCAAGCAACAGAACGGAACGUGGUGAUCCUAAACUGCACCCAAUGUUUACGAGGGUCGGUGGCUCCCACCUAUGCAACUGGACAGGACCUCACUCAUGUUGGAGUAAUUUCAGGAGGAGACAUGACACCAGAAGCAGCCUUAGCAAAACUCUCCUAUGUGCUGGGCAAAAGGCAUUUUACCUGGAAAGAAAAGAAGCAGAUGCUGUGUGAUAAUCUGAGAGGAGAAAUGUCUUCUAUGUUCACAGGAACCCACAGUUCUUUAAAGAACAGCACAUUUGUUAAAGUGAUGACCAAAUUUAUAAGUCUUAACUGCAAAGAGGAACUUGGAGCUUUGAUUCCAUCAUUGGCUUGUGCUGCUGCUAAAUCUGGUGACUUGGAUGCAUUGAAAACCAUUGAAGAAGUGGGUGGAAAAUUAAGUUGUGAAGAUUAUGAUGGGCGGACCCCACUUCAUGUUGCAUCAUGUGAAGGGCACGUUCAGCUAACUGAAUACCUUCUGAAAAGUGGGGCGAGUGUUUAUGCUAAAGACAGAUACGGUGCCUCUCCACUGAUGAAUGCCAUAGAGUUCAGGUAG